AGCACCACGAAGAAGUAGAAGAAGAAGAAGAAGAAGAAGAAGAAGGCUGCUCAUCAGCCAGCUCAACUGCUUUCUCGAUGAAAUAAACAUGACGAUGUUGACAACUACGAUGGUCUCAGUGCAGCUGCACUAAAAAUACAGCACUGGCUACAACGAGGGGCGUUGGAUAUUGUGUAAAUCUAAAUUUGUGACAAACUGUUUUUUCUUUUGGAUUGAUAUAAACACCAGUUUCACACGUUGAGAAGUGGACCUUAAUCACUGCAAUGCCUCUGCUUUUUUUGGAGAGAUUUCCGUGGCCCAGCCUGCAGACAUACACUGCACUUAGUGUGGCUUUGCUUGCUGGCAGCAUCUUUAGUGCCUACACCACUGUGACUGAUCCAGGGUUUGGGAACUUGGAAACUGAAGUGGAAUUUGAACAUUUAAAUAAUGAUAUUAACACAGAAUUGACCACCACUGUCCUGUGGUAUAUUGCCACUGACAGUCUCUUUGUUUGGGUAUUGGUCAACACAUUCUGCUGCUUGUUGAUGUUAAUUGCUAAAAUGAUUCAGUAUGUAGUGUUUGGCCCGCUCAGAGUUAGUGAGAAGCAGCACCUGAAAGAUAAAUUCUGGAAUUUCAUCUUCUACAAGUUCAUUUUCAUCUUUGGGGUAUUGAACGUGCAAACAGUGGAAGAGGUGGUCAUGUGGUGUUUGUGGUUCUCUGCCUUGGUCUUUCUCCACCUCAUGGUGCAGCUCUGCAAAGACAGAUUUGAAUACCUAUCCUUCUCACCCUCCACUCCCAUGAACAGCCAUGUACGAGUGCUUUGUCUACUGGUCUCAUUGCUGUUGGAUUGCUGUGGACUGGCUGUGGGCUGUGGUGGGCUGCUUGGAGCGUCCCAUGGCAUGCACACGUUCUCCUUUAUGGCAGCAGAGUGUCUGCUGGUGACUGUGCGCACUGGGCAUGUCAUCAUGCGAUAUUCCAUUCAUCUUUGGGAUCUGAACCAUCCAGGGACCUGGGAGAGUAAGGGAACGUAUGUCUAUUACACAGACUUCGUCAUGGAGCUGUCUAUGCUCUUCCUGGACCUCAUGCACCAUAUCCAUAUGCUGCUUUUUGGAAACAUCUGGCUGUCCAUGGCAAGCUUGGUUAUCUUUAUGCAGCUGCGGUAUCUCUUCCAUGAAGUUCAGCGCCGGGUCCGCCGACACAAGAACUACCUUCGUGUCAUUAACAACAUGGAGGCCAGAUUUGCAGUUGCUACUGCAGAGGAGCUGGCAGCUAAUGAUGAUGAUUGUGCCAUCUGUUGGGAUGCCAUGUUGACAGCACGCAAACUACCCUGUGGCCAUCUCUUUCACAACUCAUGUUUGCGCUCAUGGCUUGAGCAGGACACCUCGUGUCCAACAUGUCGGACAUCCCUGAACAUUAAUGCGGAUGGAGGCCAGGCGAGGGGCCAGCAGCAGGGUGGGGGCUUGGAAGAAAACAUUGGCCCAGCAGGGGCUGCUCCAGAUGCUAUACCACAUAUCAACCAACACAAUCACUUCUUCCACUUUGAUGGAUCUCGCAUUGCCAGCUGGCUGCCCAGUUUCUCAGUGGAAGUAAUGCACACCACCAAUAUCUUGGGCAUUGCUCAGGCCAACAACUCCCAGCUCAUGGCCAUGGCCCAUCAGAUCCAGGAGAUGUUCCCUCAGGUGCCAUCAUACCUGGUGAUGCAGGAUCUGCAGUUGACCCGCUCUGUAGAGGUCACCACUGACAACAUCCUGGAGGGACGCAUCCAGGUGCCUUUCCCGACGCAGGCCAUAGAACGUGCCCCUACGCAGGCGAACACUGCGCCAGGUGACCAACAAGGGUCCAGUGGAGCAGCUGAGCAGGGCUUCAGUGAGUCAGACAGCAUGGAGGUCAGAGGAGGUCGCUUCUCUAAGUCGGCUGAGGAGAGACAGAAGAUGUUAAAGCAGAGGAAAGAAGAGAUGAUUCUGCAGGCACGCAGGAGAUAUCUGAACAAUAGCCCAGAGGACCUGGAUGAGGACUUGCCUGGACUGGAGGAGGACAUUGUUCCUGACUUGAACUUGACUGUGCUGAGGCGUAGAACCAUGGCGGCCGCUGCAGAGAGACGCAUGCAAACUCAACAAGACCCUGCACCUUGAAACACAGAUUGGCUUCAGCAGAAGAGUACCACAUCAUCUUCCCAAGAGGCACAGACAGAGCUAUUUGAACCCUGCCCCAGUUGGUUUACAGUCAGUGAUCAUCACUUAUUCAAACAAUAAUUAAAAAGUAUUGCAAACAUAGCCUUUGGACUGGAUUGGCCUGCCAAAAAAAGGUGGGUCUGUUGUGAAUGGCUUCUGCAUCACUGAUUCCAGAGUAUUUGGAAUAUUGUAUAAAUUGAUGGGUGCAAGUCAAGAAAUGUAAGGUUGCAUUGCCCUUUAUUCAUGUGCCACACAUUGCAUAGCUUUAGUAGGCAGUCAGUUUCUACCAUGAUUGGGACUGGCUGUCAAAAUGAGCAUGCUUUGCAUUCAGAAGAGUCUUUUAUGAGGGUGUGAAGGUGUCAUUAAUAGAAAAGCUGUUUGGGUCUUUAGUUUGUACUUCUUUUAUCAGACUUUCUUUUCACUUGUUUAGCAAAUGGCAGAAAGCUAUGUAUUCUGAAUCCUCAGAAACUCAUCUGAUGUAUUUGUGUUAUGCUAGGAGUUUCAGCUGUGAAUUAAGUGUAGGCAAAAUAACAUGGUUUUAUUUCUUACCAUGGAGUAAGAGAGUGUCACUUUAGUAUUGUUCAGCUUUUCUGUCAAAUAUGAAUGUUCCUAUCAACAUAAUGCUGCAAACAAAGUGUUUUUGACCCACA